AACAAGCUCUAGACCUCUGCCAGAGAGUCCUUCUUCUGAAGACAUCACCAGUGUGUGGAGCCUGCCGCACACCCACCCCCUGCCAAACCACGGCCUUUACCUGUGUCUUUCGGUGUUUCCCGUGCGACCCAUCCUGUGGGAGUGCCUCGUGGGCUGCCCCGGAGUUCGCCCCACACUCGGCAGCGCCAAUGGUGAAGAUGACAAGAUCCAAGACCUUUCAGGCAUACCUACCCUCCUGCCACCGGACCUACAGCUGCAUCCACUGCCGAGCUCACUUGGCCAAUCAUGACGAACUCAUUUCCAAGUCCUUCCAGGGAAGUCAAGGGCGAGCCUACCUCUUCAACUCAGUAGUUAAUGUGGGCUGUGGGCCUGCAGAAGAGCGGGUGUUGCUAACAGGACUACAUGCCGUUGCAGACAUUUACUGUGAAAACUGCAAAACCACUUUGGGCUGGAAAUAUGAACAUGCCUUUGAAAGCAGUCAGAAAUAUAAAGAAGGCAAAUACAUCAUUGAACUAGCACACAUGAUCAAGGACAAUGGCUGGGACUGACCUGAUAGCAUCUACCCGGUCCAGCAUCCACGUGAAUGCCACCCAACUGAACAUUCUACCCAAGCGUGAGAGAGUGACUGAACACACUCGGUUCCAUCUACUUAGGGGUCUGGCCAUCAGGGGGCAUCCUCCCACCCUGGCGUCAUCUUUUUUUGGUGACUGGCCUCUAAAUCACUGUCUCUCUGUCUCUUUGCUUUGUAUCUGUUUGUGAGUUGAUCUCUCUGUUCUAGUGUUGGCUGAAAACAGUUAUGAGCGGAAUGGACCCUUGGCCGGGUGGUGGCAGCGCGCCUUGAAAAGGGGGACCCCCUGCCCACAUGAGAGCUGCCUAAUGGCCUGUCAGAGCAGUAGCACAUGGGCAUGAGGAACAGCAAAGGUGAACCUGAGAGUCCUAGGAUUGGGGAAGGGGCAGGAAGGUGGAACAAUACUGUACUCUCUUGGAGACCUGGUAACUUAGGCUUGAAAUAAUUGACUCCUUCAAAAGGACAAAGAGAAAAAAAAAUACCUCAUGGCUUUUGUUCUCUCUGAUGACAAACUCCUGCCCUAGCAUCAGACGUGUCAGGACAGCAGUUAGCACAAGAAGUGGCCCUGAUUCUAGCUGACAGGGCAAGACCCUGGCAUUCUGGACCUGGACUGGAGAAGGUCCUGCUACAGUGAGGGGAGGGUGUUGGGGGUUUAGUGACUGUGCCAUCCCCCCUCCUGGGCAGUCACCUUCUUGGUCUCCUUAGCUCUUGUAGGUUGCAAGGAAAGAUGCAAGCUGCAAAUGUCCCUUUUAGCCUGAAGCACAGUAAAAUCAGUAAUGGAGGAGAACCAGGAACAGAAGAGUUGCUGUAGCCUGGGAGCUCCUGAUAGCAAGCAGGAAGUGUGAAAAUUGAGAACCAGUCAGCAGUUCUACAAGAGUAAUGUGGCAGAGGUGAGGUUCCAGGAGGAACAGUUCUGGUUUGAGCCAUCACAGGCUUGGCACGUCUUUCCUCAUCGGAUGGUCAGUAGCUUCCAUGGGACCAGCAAUUCUUUGCACAUAGUGUUUCUGGGUUUUGGGUUUUUCCCUCCCUCAAAUUCCGUCACCCUAACCUGGGAAUCAAAGAUCCACGAUUCUAUCCCUCAAGCUUCCAUUCUGAUACCCGAAUGUUCUAUGUGGAGAGACAUCCUCUUUUGACAGUCUGGGUCCAGCAGUGGGAGGGAUUACAGAUUCAUUAUUACUCCUACCCACCCUACCAAGCUUCCUUGAGUUAGGGAUUGGGAGGGAAAAAAAAAUCCCUGUAAGUAUGUUGAAAUGAAAAAGAACUUAUUGUAUUUAAUCAACACUGUGAAGGCUGUUUUGCAGCAACCAGCUAUUAUGUGGAUCAUGGCCGAAACUCCUUUGAAUCAAUUUCAUUUCUUAGGCAGAAAAUAAUGUUAAAAUAUGGGCGUCUUAGGUACUUCUCAGCAUCUUACGUCUCUAACUAGGCUGGUCCUCCAAUAAAUUCACCUCUGAAAAAAAAAAAGCCCAAGAGAAGAGGGAGCAAGAGAGUGCACCCACGGAGAAAAGAACCUGUAGCAUAGGUUAACCAAGGCUAGCGCAGCCCACCAGGAACAUCAGUUCACAUCUUCAGCAGAACAAAAUUCCCAAAAGGAGAGAGCUGUGGUGGCAUGGCUUUGUCCCGCAUGUCCUCAUCUGGAAAUGGACAAAUUGAGACUUGUCAGGGCAGUAGAAAGCCAGCCAGCUCAGUAGACUGCCUGCCUUCUGGGGCACAAAGGGAUUCCUAGAAACAGAAUUUUGUUCUCAAGUCUGCUUGUCCUGGGCCCUGGAAGACUAGCUCUGCCUCACACCCCAGCCACUGGACUGCAAGGCCGGCUAAGACGCACGGGGAUUGGGUUUUGGUUCCAGAAAAACCACCCGUGGCUCCCGGGCUCAAGUUGUCAGUGACACAUUUUUCCACUUGCACAUUCCUAAGCUGGCUUGCCAGCUCUGAGAGUCAUUGUCCCCACUCCUUUAUCCUGUUGGAUGUGGCCUUCAUUUAAAGAUUUGAUUAGACCCUUUGCUCAGGGAAUACCUAGCUAUAUACUACAAUAUACUACAAGUCCUUUUUUUUUUUUUUUUUUUUAGGUUAGGGGUGGGGGUGAAACCUAGGUAGUUUCUUUAAAACUAAAGUUAGUGACAUGUAGAAACUGGAUCUGUGGUGCCCUGGAAUCUCACGGGGUAGAGAAAGGAGACCAGUGUGCCACUGUUUGUCCUAGGGGCAGGGUCCUUAAACUACAAGUUUUGGGGGUGAGACUAAAACUCAUCAGGUUUCCCUCUGACGGUAAAACCAAAAGUGCUUCUUCUGACCACUCACAGUUUGUCUGCCUAACUUCUCAGUAUUAGCAAGGCCGCGGCUGAGCGGCAGAACUCCUGCACCCAACGCCUCGGUCAGUUUCUUUCUUUUUUUUUUUUUCUUCCUCAUCAAAUGAUUGACUCAGCAUAACCAAAGACCUCAUCCCUUCACUCCAUAUAGGUUCAGGGAAUGGGAAGUUGAUUGGGUGAACUUGGGCAGGGGUAGGCAAGGGCAGAAGAGAGGAGAAAGGGAAGGCCUAAAGGUCUGUACCUCAGCUGCCAGCUACCUUCAUUUUGAAUUGAAGUCUAGCUGACCAGCUUGUUCCAUCUGCCCUGUGCCACUGUGGGUGACCGGGCCUUGGCCACCCUGGGAUAUAUCCACCCCACCCCACCUCCAUAUCUCCCCCAGGCUGCUGACGAGUAGGUCAACAUGAGUCAAGUAUAGCUUGAUGCUUACCGGCUCUCAGCCGGUUCUGGGUGAGUACCGCCCAGCUCCUAUGACAGAUCAUGUACAUAAAGUCAAAAUCUUAGCUGGUGGAUCAAUGUGUACAAAAGAAGUGUCCCCUUUAUAAUAAGAUUUCCAUAUAUAUAUACAGUCGCUUGUGAAAUAUACUUUUGUAAAUAAUAUUUAAUUUUUUAAAUAAUAUAUUUGGUGCUGUAUUCUCAGAUCCCCUGAGAGCACUUUUAUUUUCAAUUCUAUAGCUUCCUCUGUGUUUCUUGGAGUAUAUUUUAAGGGAAAGAAUAAUCAUCAAGAUACUUUUUUCUUUAAGGAUCUGUCACUAUAAGAUGGAUUGAGGCUUUAAAACAUUUUUGCAGUUUUCUGUUUGCAUUUUUACCCAGCAGAACAGACUAGUAAAUUACCAGGUUGUGAACUGAUACUUUCUUGCCCAGUAUUGGCUAGAAAAGAAACAAGCUUAGUAGUAACAACUUAAGAGUAAUUGCUAUAGUUGAGAGAACUUCCAAGAAAUUGGAAUAGACUGAGUGUGUGUGUGUCUGUGUGUGUGUGUGUCUGUCUGUCUGUCUGUCUGUCUGUCUUUCACUUUUCUGUUUCCUUUCCUACUGAGGACACUAUGAACUACAGUUUACACCUUGGGCACAGAGUUUUCCCUCUCUGGUUUCCAUGUGUGAGUGGACCAACAGUCCGAAGCAAGCUUUUCUUUCCGAGUGUGGAGCUGUGGCCAGUUCCUCUUCGUCUGUGUGUUCAUCUUCUACAGCCAGUGAAGCCAGUCUGUGAGGAUAAGCCAGAGUGAAGCCUGCUUCUGAGAUGAGAGCAGACCAGCCUCACAUCCCAGGGCUCUGGUUGUUCUAGAAGCCAUGUCAUAUUAGAGUUUAGGUUAAAAGGACAUUAAUAACUUUUGUUUUUAAACUUUAAUAGCUUUUGUUUUUUUUUUAAGGUCAGAUUGCUUGGGGUUCAGGCAGAGGCUGGCAAAUCAAAUCUUGAACACAACUUUUGUAUUAAAAAAAAAAUCUGCCUCAAUGGAGAUGCUAGUUCUAUGACUGGGAAAGAUUGUUUUAAAAAUCGUGUUUGAUUAAUAAAAUUACUAUACAGCCAUGAAAUGUGCCAGAAAGGCGUCCUCCUGGGCUUAGAUCUGUACAGUGUCUUACAUGGUUUGGUGAGAACAGGAGUCAGUUUCAUUUUCCCAGCCUGCAGAGACUGUGUACCAUGAAUUUGUCUGUCUGUGUUUACAAACUGUAUUUGUUGGGUUUGGGAUUGCUUUUGUUUUUCUUUUUUCCUUUCUUGGGUGGGAAUCUUUUUUCCCCAGGUCACUUUGCUUCAAUAACAAAGGCAAUUGUUUUUUAAUAAUUUGUCUUCACCUCCUUCCGGUAUUUGUAUAUAAUUCAGUAUUAGUAAGAAGUGCGUUAUUUCUGUCAUUGCUGAUCUGUGUUGGUGCUCAUUUGAGAAAAUAAAGUUUUCAAAUACUAA